GGUGGCAGGGAGGGGCUGCCCAGACGGACAGCCUAGCAGCACAAGCAUGGCAUGGAGGAGUCACAGCCUAGAGAAGCAGGCAAGGGGACAGCGAGCGUGCCCUGAGCCUGUGCCACCCGCCCGCUCAUCUUGCUGACGUGCUCCCCCCGGAUUACUGGGGCUUAGCAGCGGGUUCGCUCCUGGAGCAGCUCAUGUCAAAGCUGCCAGGGGCCGAGGGGCUUUAUCCAGGCUGGGCGCGCUGGGCUGGCUGGGAAAUGAGCCGGACAUCGGUCCGGCUCAGAGUCGUUGGCAUGGGUGGGUGCCUCCCGCAGGGGCUCCCGUGUCACCGAGCAGGGGGAUAGAGAGCUGGCACUGUCCAGGGAUCGAGGUUUUAAAUCCAGACCCCCAAGCACUCGAGCGCGGAGGACUUGGCACCAGGCCCAGAAGGGAGGGACGUGCCAGCCACGCCCGCACAUGAUGGGGCCACCUCAUGCCCCCCCUCCAGAGCCCAUAGCUCCCCCGGGUCGCUCUCAGCAGCUGGGCUGGGUCAGGAUGGGGCAGCAGGGCAGAGCCAAAGUGUCUGAACGCAGCCGCUGCCCGCAGGGAAAAAUGAAAGUGGCUCCGAGCCCUGGGGGAUCAAGGCUGAGGCUGGGGGGGAACCGGGCUGCCAGGGCUGCUUUCGCUUUCCCUUCGCCUCGGCCCGGCUGGCAACGGCAUCGGCACCGGCACGGCAGCUGAAGGGUUCGGGGUGCGGCUGCAGGGACGUCGCCCCAGUGCUGAGGAGGGAGCACCAGCUGCCCCAUGAGCCUGACUGUCGCUCUCCUGCUCCUCACCCAGCUCAGCUCGCUGUGGGGCCUGGGAACAGACGAGCUGCCUGUGCAGCUGCCCGCGACCUCGGAGGCAGUGCUGGGGGGCACUGCGCUGCUGAGCUGCACCUACCCCCCCGAGGCGGACCUGAUCCUGUACUGGACCCGGCUGGGGCCGGCCAGCGAGAGGAACGUCUACACCUACUACAGAGGGGAACAGCUGGCCUCACACAAUGACCCUGCCUAUCGGGGCCGGGCCACUGUCCCAGCUGGGCAGCCUGGGCGUGGGGACGGGGCCCUCUGGCUACACAACGUGACACUGGCUGAUGAGGGCAGGUACCGGUGCCGAGUAAAGAGCAACCGGGGCAUGGGCUUCGCGGAGACGGAGCUACGGCUCAUAGGCCUGUACCGUCUAUCCUGGCUCCAGCCCCAGCCGUGCUCCCCCUCCCUGCAGAACGUGACACUGACCUGCCGCGCAGAGGGCGGCUACCCCCUCGCCAGCGUCACCAUCCACGACAGCACUGGCAGGGACUACGGGGCCGGGACGCUGGCUGCCAAGGACCCCCAGGGGCUGUACAGUGCCGCCCACACGGCCGACGUGCCCUGCUCCCCCCCCGCCAGCUACACCUGCAUCGUCAGCACCAACUUCCUCCAGCAGAACCGCACUGGGACGCUGCUCCGGGAAGAGCCACAGCCAGCAUGGAAGGGCUGGGCUGGCAUUGCCAUGGGCAUUGGCUUGGCGGUGGUAGUGCUGGGGAGCGGAGCACUCUGGGGGCAGAGGCACCGGGAACCCCACCCCUCAUGGGAGGCAGAGCCAGCCCGGGAAGAGGCCCUGUUGGAGGGCACCAGCCCCACCUGCACGAGGAGGGGGGACCCACCAGACAUCCUCCAGGUGCCACGCUCAGCCAGCCAACAUCUCACAACGCCCCCGUCAGUGCCUGAGCUCUGGCCUGGCUCCAGCCCCGGGCCCAGCCAUGCCAGGACGCCUGGGUUCACCUGCUGACGGGCUGAGACUGUUUCCCCUUCCGUGGGCUGGAGCUUCGCUCGGCCUCAGGACCCAGACCCCCCGCACAGUCAAUAAAGGCUGCUCUGGCAGGGGGUCGCCAGGCCGA